UUAAUUUUAAAAAUAAAAUAAAGUCUUUCAGCAAAAUAUCCUAUCUACGAUAUUUAAGGUACUUUCCCUUGAUGUCCCAUAGUCUUGGGACACCCUGUAUAAUGACGUUUUUUAGAUAUCAAUAAAAUCUAAAGUAUAAGAGCUAUGUAUGCAAUUGAAACUUUUUAUUUUUGAUAUUGCCAUCAUAUGUAUACCGAGAAUUUGGUUUAUCUAGUAUAAUCCAAACCCAAGUAUGAGGAUUCGAAAAAACGACGCAGGGCUGCGAGAAAAAGUAGGGUAGUAUAGUAAAAAUUUUUUAAGGUUGCAAUAGCGGUCAUUGACUUGACCCCUAACCCGAAAUCGUAAUUUUCUAGCGAUAAAUCAUCUAUCUAUACAAAACUGUCGCAAAAAAUUCAUCGCUUGUGUAUCAUAAUACAGGGUAGGAUGGAGCCAAGAGCUCAUUAGGUGCGUACGGGUGUCAUUGCAAGUGUUAAUUUAAUGAUAAUAUGUCAUUUUUACAUCCAAAAAUAAAUCUUAAAUACGUUUAAGUCUGUUUGUUUAUUUCUACAUGGAGAUGAAGUAAUUUUUAAUAAUAAAAACAUCAACUGAGCACUAACACCGCCGGCAGUACCCGCUAACUACUCAGCUAUCCGCGGCCGGCGAUACCACAGCCUUACAUUUUAUUUUUAUUUUAUUUUAUUUUUUUGUGUCGAGAGUCAGGGGUGGGGCACACUCGGUCCCGUCGGUGGCGUCGGUCCGCCAUUUUGUCAUUCCUUAUUCGGGCUCGCUUGCGUUCAGUCGACUUUCGGAAUAUUACUGCGGAUUUUUGUUGUUUGUUUAGUUUGUUAAUAAGUUGUUCGUUGUUAUUUGUUUUGUUUACGUUAUUUGUUGUGUUACGUUACGCUUGUUACGGAGAUUGAAGUAUGGAACCAGAGGCUGGACCAUCUACUGGUGAAUCCAUGCAACCAGAGCCUGGACCAUCUACUAGUAAAUCCAUGGAACCAGAGGCUGGACCAUCUACUAGUGAAUCCAUGGAACCAGAGGCUGGACCAUCUACUGGUGAAUCCAAAAAACGUCGUCGUCGGCGAAAUAUAUUCCAACCUCAACAAGGUUCUGACAAGAUACCUUUUACGUCGCCAACAACAAAACGACGGAAGACAGUUAUUAGCAGUGGAGAACGGUCAAUUAUUAUUAACGUUUUUAAAUACGUUACAAAAACAAAACCCGAAGAUAAGUACAUGUCCAACCAUGACCUUGUAAAACUAACUUCGGAAAUGUGUGGAGUACAUGAAAGGUCUGUUUACAAUGUGUUAAAUGAGUACAGAGAUAUUCACAAAAUAACAGAACCUGAAAGGAAACGAGAUCGGCCAAGCGUGAUUCAGAAAAUUGACAAUUUGGAUAAAUCGGCAAUCAGGAGAAUAGUUCACAGUUUUUUUCUAAAAGGUGAACUUCCAACCCUAAAAAAAAUUCAACAAGCUGUGAAUGAUGAUGAAUCUCUGCCCACAUUAUCUAUGACGUCAUUGAGACGUAUUAUGAAACACUUAAAGUUUAAAUAUACGAAACGAAAUCGCAAAAGUGUUUUGAUUGACCGAGGAGACAUUGUUUCAUGGCGAAUAAAAUAUUUAAAGCAAAUAAAACAGUUUCGAGAGGAAAACCGACGGAUUUUUUAUACUGACGAGACUUGGGUGAAUGCUGGUCACACGGUGGGAAAAACUUGGGUGGACGAGAAUAUAAAAUCCGCGAAACAAGCAUUCAAAGAAGGGCUUUCGAUUGGAGCCAAAAACCCGGUAUCAAAAGGGAAAAGGCUAAUUGUGGUACAUGUGGGCAAUGAAGAGGGAUUUUUAGAUGAUUGUAAAUGGGUGUUUGAGGCGAAAAAAACUGGCGACUACCAUGAAAAUAUGGACGCACCUCACUUCGAGAAGUGGUUUGGAAAGGUCUUAACCAAAAUGCAACCAGGGGAUGUUAUUGUUUUAGACAAUGCAAGCUACCAUUCAAGACGAGAGGAGCGAACACCUACCAUGCAGUGGAGAAAAGGAGAUAUUCAAGGUUGGCUGCGAUCCAAAAAUAUAUUAUAUGACGAUAAAUAUGUAAAAAAGGAGUUAAUGGACCUAGUAAAUCCAGUGAAGGAAAAAUACCAAAGUUACGUGAUUGACGAAAUGGCAAAAAAAAAGACAUAACGGUGUUGAGGUUACCUCCAUAUCAUUGUGAGUUAAACCCGAUAUAAUUAAUAUG